AACUGUGGGAGUUGGGUGUCUGGUUACUCCCAGCAAGCCUGCUCCAGCUUGCUAAACGAAGAGAGAGAAAGCUUCAUAGCAUAAUGGUUACCAGGCUGUUGGAGGAACGUAUGCGACACGGGACUGUAUAGAAAUACAAAUUCACAAAAUAAUAGCAUGACAAGCGGGCACCCAGAAGUCGUUUAAUGGGAUAUUAUGUGUGAUAAUCCUACUCCGGAAUACGCAUUAAUAAGUUAUGGAUAUAUAGGAACGAGUUUUUAUUAGGAAAUAAACCUGUUGCCUAUUCGACAGCCCCAUUCUUCUUCCAUUUCAAGAUGUUCCAUUGUGGAAGGGAUGCUGAACGGCUUCGCUUGUUUGCACUUUUCUAGUUGGAGCUCCAACUGAAGUACUAAGCUAAUUCGUGAAUUGGUAAAACAAGGUACCAUGCACGUGUCUCUGGCAGAAGCCCUGGAGGUGCGGGGGGGUCCUCUGCAGGAGGAUGAAGUCUGGGCCGUGCUGAGCCAGAGUGCCGAGAGCCUUCAGGAGCUCUUCCGUAGAGACCCCUCAGCCCUGGGCUUCAUUAUCUCCCCUUGGUCCCUGCUGCUGAUGCCGUCGGGGAACAUCUCCUUCACCGAUGAGAAUGUGACUCAGCAGGAUCUGAGAGCCUUCACUGCCCCAGAGGUCCUGGAGGGCCUGGCCUUGUCCUCCCUCUCUGAUAUUGAGAAGAUGCAUAUGUACUCUCUCGGAAUGACUUUAUUUUGGGGAGCAGACUAUGAAAUUCCUCAAAGUCAGCCUAUGAAGCUAGGGGAGCAUUUGAACAGCAUGCUGCUGAGCAUGUGCGAUGACAGAACGCACUCUCGCAUGUCGGUGCGCACCGUGCUGGACGCCUGCAGCGCACGCAUCCGCAGCUCCAGCUGCGAGCCGUCCUUCGCCUACGUCAGGAAACUGGUCAGACUGGUGCUGGGCAGCCUCUCCCAGCUGGACGGGCUGCUGUCAAACACCGAAAGGGAGUCCCUGCCUGAACGGAGCAAAGAGAUUCGGGAGCGGCUACGAGGGAAAGGCCUCCCGGCAGGGAGAAGCGCAGCCUCCCGGGUUCUGGAGCGCUAUCGGACCCGCACUCAGGAGCAGGCCUCUCUGAACAAAGGUCUCAGUCGCUCGAUGGGUUCUCUGCCCAUCCACGACCUCUUACGGGGGGAGGAGCCCCCUCUCGCGUACCCAUCCUCGGAGUACCACCCGGAGUUGGAGGAAUCGGCGGAGCUGUACCACCAACGCGGCCGGCCUGUGGAGAAGCUCCCUGGUUACCGCGGGGAGCCAGGCCACCAGCGGAAGAACUGGUCCUCCUCUGUGGACCUGGCAUGCUUGGACCCUGAGGCACUCCGUUUUGGGCCUCUGGAGGAGGCACGCAGGGGCAGCAGCGCCCUCAGCCAGAGAUCAGCAGGCAGGAACAAAUCGGCAUCCAGGGCCCGGGAGGCUCGCUACUCAGAUUUUGCGGGUCUGGAGCCCAGGCAGGCCCAUCACCUCUCGGCUAUGUCCGUCAGCUCAGGCCUCACCACUGCGUAUGACCGGAUCAAAGAGAAACAAAGGAAACUCCACGUGCUCAGACAGGCCAUGGACGUAGACGACCCUCUGCACACCCACAGAAGGUAUCACAGUGACUACAGCUCUUCCAGUGAAAGCCCAUCUGUAGCCUCCUCCGAUCCUGAAUACAGACAAGUCAAAAAGCCAGAAGAUGUGAGGAGGUACGGGUCGCAGGUGGCCCUGUCAGAACACGACGCCCACUCCCUCGCCAGUCGCACCAGCCUGAGGCACAGGUAUGAGGGAGGAGGUCCGGAGGAGCUGUUGCUGCAGCGCCAGGAGGAGGAGAUGCAGCUCCUGCAGGCUCACCUUGCCAAUCGCCUGUCCCGCGCCAGCCUCUACCCCGGGGACGUCCCGAUCCCCCUACGGACCGGCCCGCUCGACCCCACGCUCUCUGAAUUCAAACUGCGCACGUCGAAGAAUUUCUUUGGUCCUGAAUUUGUUAAGAUGACCAGCGAGCCAUGUGUUUCCCUGAGCGUUCCAUCUUCAAUAAUGAAUAAGAAAGGGAAGGUGGAGGAGGUGCCGCGGAAGGUGGGCGUGGUUCUGCUCAAUGGACAGAGGCUGGAGGUCAGCUGUGACUCCAAGGCCGUGUGCAAGGACGUGCUGGACAUGGUGGUGGCUCACGUGGGCCUGGUGGAGCACCACCUGUUUGGCCUGGCCUAUCUGAAAGAGAACGAGUUCUUCUUCAUUGAGUCCGAUGCCAAACUGUGCAAAGUUGCCCCGGAAGGCUGGAAGGAGGAUCCCAAGAAGAAGAAGCCUGAAGUCAACUUCAAUCUGUUCUUUCGCAUCAAAUUUUUCCUGGAUGAUGUCAACCUCAUACAGCACACAAUGACCAAACAUCAGUACUACUUGCAGCUGCGGAAAGAUAUAUUGGAAGAAAGGAUGCGAUGUGACAUGGAGAAUGCCAUGCUGCUGGCGUCACUGGCUCUCCAGGCUGAGUUCGGAGAUUACCAGCCUGAGCUGCAUGGAAAAACAUACUUCAGGCUUGAACAUUACCUACCUGCGUCUGUACUGGACAAGAGAGACCAAACCUCCAUUAAAGAGGAUCUGCCCAAACUGCACAGCACUUACUAUGGAGCAUCUGAGGCAGAGACAGAGUUUGAGUUUCUGAAGGUGAGCCAAAAGCUGACGGAGUACGGGGUUCACUUCCACCGGGUGCUGCCGGAAAAGCGGUCCCAGACGGGCAUCAUGCUGGGCGUGUACUCCAAGGGCGUUCUCAUUUUUGAGGUGCUGAAUGGAGUCCGCACCCCAGUCCUGAGAUUCCCCUGGAGAGAAACCAAGAAGAUCUCCUUCGUGAAGAAGAAGAUCAGCCUGCAGAACACUUCAGACGGGAUCAAGCACCUUUUCCAGACUGACAGCAAUAAGACCUGCCAGUACCUGCUGCAGCUGUGCUCCGACCAGCACAAGUUCCACCUGCAGAUGAAGGCGCGGCAGAAGAACCAGGAGCAGCAGGACAUUGAGAACUCCCCCCUGGGGAGCCUGCAGUACCCUGGGGGGUCUGCCGUUGUUGGGGGGAUGGGGCGGGCGGUCAGCGCCGCCACCCUCGGCCCCAGCUCCAUGGGCCAGACUGAGCACCUGAAGAGGAUCUCCUACUCGGAGGCGGCACUGAACAAAUCCCUCCCGGGACGGCUCCAGCUCCUGAUGGCGGACCCCCCCCACCCCGCCUUUGGCUCUAACCACAACCCCCGUCUGCUGAGCCGCUCCCACCACAACCUGGGCCAGGUGCCCGAGUCCCCCGAGAGCCGUGCGGUGCCCCCUGGCAGCAGCCAAUCACAGAGCAGCCAGAUCCGAACCCAGCUCCUGGCAUCCCACCACAGAGCCAGCUCUGAUACAGACUCCAUCACUGCGGCCCGCAAGCAGGAGAGUGUUUUUGGCCCCAAAGCCCACGCUAGCCCCAGCUGGAGUUCUGACAGAUUUAAGAAGGAAUCCGACUCCUCCUCCUUGGAUGAGACAGGCCACGCUUAUGUCGUAGGUGUGAGCAUGCACAGUUCUGGCUUGCCCUCCUCCCCUGGGUCCUUGACAGUCAAUGAUUCCCUGAAAAAGAAGCUGAAUGCGUUGCCGUCUCCAGAGAGAGCGAUUACGACCGUAGAUCUGAAGAAGGAUGUGAAGUGCGGCCUGGGUUUUCAGAUUGUCGGUGGAGAGAGUGCUGGACGGAUGGGCCCAGGGACCUUCAUCAGCUCCAUUUCUCCUGGGGGGCCUGCUGACAUCAACGGCUACCUGAAACCAGGUGACCGUCUAAUCUCUGUGAAUGACAUAAGCCUGGAGGGACUCCCUCAUGACUCAGCUGUCAAGAUCCUGCAGAACACCCCAGAUGAUGUGACGCUGGUCGUCUCUCAGCCCACUGAGAGGCUGUAUGAAGGAUCUCCCUCUGGCUCAGUCAACUACAAGGGCAGGGGUCACAUGACACCUCCUGGGCAGAGGCAGGAAGUGGAAUACGGGUCUUCAUCAGAGGAACACGCGGCGACCCCCAGCCCUACUCCGCCCGCCUCCGUGGUCCCCCCCGCACCAUCGCCCAGCCGGCGACAGGAGAGCCUGAGCUCCCAGGAUUCCCGGACCGAGAGCGCCAACCUUUCUCAGACCCUCCACAAUGGCUUCCCCCGCAGCGUUCCCAUUGAGACCCCGCCCACGCCCCUUCCCCUCCCCUCUGACCGGGUCAUCCCCUUUGACGCUGCCGCCCCCGCACUCCCGCCCAAAACCAGGAAAGCCAAAAUCGUAGAGAUCCCAAAAGAACCAGAGUAUUCUGACAGGGGGGACUCUGAUAUGGAUGAGGACACAUACUCAAGUAGUCAGGAGAUGCAAAAGCUUAAGAAGGAGUUAUCUCCCAACUGCAACAUGGGAAAAUUAAGUGGUAAUGCCCAAGGGGUCAAUAGUCUCCACCCAGGAGAUCUAUUUGACGUGCAGCUGUCCAAAAAGGACAGCAGCCUGGGCAUAAGUGUGACGGUACUGUUCGGCAAGGGCGGGGUGAACACCAGUGUUAGACACGGAGGGAUUUAUGUCAAGGCUAUCAUCCCAAAAGGAGCUGCCGAAUUAGAUGGCCGGAUACAGAAGGGGGACCGUGUGGUGGCUGUCAAUGGGAAGAGUCUUGAGGGAGCCACUCACAAACAGGCAGUAGAGACCCUGCGAGAUACUGGCCAGGUGGUCCAUCUGCUACUGGAGAAGGGCCAGCUCCCUGCUGCUAGUGUCCACGCCCCUCUCACCCCACAGUGCACCCCUCCCAUUGCGUCCAGUGAGAAGGACACCCAGGAGGAGCCCCACCUAGUGUUGCCUGGAGACCACGAGUACAGCUUUGUCACUGAUGACAAUGUGUUUGAGGUGGGCCUGCUGAAGAACUCCUCCGGCCUGGGCUUUAGCUUCAGCCGAGAGGAGGCCCUGCCCACCGAGCCUCCUUGGGCCAGCAUGGUCAGGGUCAAGAAGCUGUUUCCAGGGCAACCCGCCGCAGAGACCGGCCUGAUCAACGUGGGUGACGUCAUCCUCCAGGUCAACCACACGCCCCUGAAAGGCCUUUCGCAGCACGAGGUAAUCUCCGCACUGCGAGGCACUGGACAGGAGGUCAGUCUGCUGCUCUGUAGACCCGAGCGUGGAGUAUUACCUGAAAUGGACAUUUCGCGUUUGACUCCGAUGGCCUCACCCCGGAAGGAGUCAUCAGUCCCGACUGAUCCCGGCCAGGUCAGGCCGCCUAGAGAUAGCUCGUCUGCAGAGGGCGGUGGACAGCGGGGUUUGGGACCCGUGGAGGAAGCCCUGGAGAGACUGCUGCUGAAGACCCCCGGCCGCCGCGAUAGCUACAGUGACAGCACCGACAACGAGGAGGUGGAGAAGGCCUUCAGCCCCUCGCUGGAACUCAACAGCCAAGCCUGGGACCCCAGUGUCUACCAGACCCCCGACAACAACCUGGGGCUCAGCCAGUACGAGACCCCACGCGAGUUGGACGACACCAUCCGUUCUGCCUACUACUCCCCCAGCCAAUCUCCCAGCAGGCCUGAGCUAACCCCAAGGGGCUCCUCCGCCACGCGGUCCUCUGAUCUGGAGCACACCCCGCGGGCCACGGCCUCCCCUCCGACACCCGCAGACCGCAGCCACCUCAGCUCCAGCCUUGGCCAGGACCCUGCACCUCCCCUGCUGCCUACGCCCUCUUCCCUGCCCUUUCCUGACAGUGGGCAGGACCUGGAGGAGUUUUUGCCUGAAGUGGAGCUGAAUGUGUCCCUUACAAAGUCAGAGAAGGGCAGCCUGGGAUUUACGCUGACCAAAGGAAAUGACCUUAGCUGCUACAUCCAUGACAUCAUCCAAGAUCCUGCCAAGGAAGACGGCAGACUGCGGCCAGGGGACCGCCUCAUAAUGGUGAACAACACGGACGUGUCCAACAUGAGCCACACAGAGGUUGUGAACCUGGUUCGCGCUGCCCCCAGAGUGGUGGAUCUGGUGGUGGGUCGGGUACUGGAAGUCCCCAGGCCUCCCAUAGAAGCCCAUCUGCUGCCAGACAUCCCCUUUCAGUGCCAAGAUGAAACACUCGGGCUGGUGUUGGACGGGGGCAGCGACAGCCUGUUAGGGGUGCUUUACAUUAAGGACAUCGCCCCAGGGUCGGUGGCUGCAGAAGAGGGCAGUCUGAGGCAGCUGGACUUGGUGCACUUCAUCAACGGGGCGCCCACGCAGGAGCUGACGUUGGCCGAAAGCCUCAGGCUGAUGGAGCUGUCCCAGGGCGACCUCGUUCUCAAGGUCACCAGGGACGGAAAGCCUGUCGCUCCAAUAGAGAGAAACGUGUCAUGUCUUAACAACAACAACUGCCCAAAAGUGAAUGCACCUGCCAAUAUGAAUGGUUAUCUCAAUGGAGGUGAAAGCAACCAACCAGAGCCUCUAAGUCCCACUGAGGAGGUCAUUCACCUGGAGCUGGAAAAGCCAGUCUCUGGAGGCCUGGGCUUCUCAGUGAUAGGGGGCGAGAGGGGGAUUUUCGUGAAGUCCAUCACCCCUGGAGGCACCGCUGAUAACGUCGGGACUUUACAAGUGGGAGAUAGAUUACUGAAGGUUAAUGAGGAGGUGAUGACUGGAGUGUCGCAUGCAAAAGCGGUCACUACCAUCCGCAAGACCAGAGGCCUGGUUCACCUCCUAGUGUCCCGACCCCCCGACCAGACUCCCAGCACUUAUCUGGACUAUCUCCCCACCAAUGCCGACAAGUGCAACGGCAACACCGAUGCCAGCGAAGACAGUGGGGUGAAGUCUAAGCUCUACGGUCCAACAGACGGGGAGAAAUCCAGCAGAGUGAAGAUCCCACCACCUUUACCCCCAAUAGACUAUCGCCCAGGAGAAACAGGGAGAGAGAAGAAGAGUGAGAGCGCCGAGCUCUCUGAAGAUACGGACUGUGACGGCUCCUCCCUGCCCGAGGACUCCCCAGAGACCUCCCGAAAAGCUUUGUGGAAAGAGGAAUGUGUCGAUGGUUCUCCCACGGAACGCUUCGCUCAGUCAUCAGUGGGUCCUCUGGAGGAGGACGAGAUCACUUGGGGAAGUGAUGAACUGCCCAUAGAGAACAUCAACUCCAAAUUCACAGAAGAUGGCCUGAUCAUUACAGAGGAUGAACUCACCUCUCUUCCCCUGGUGAAAGUGGUCCCUGAUGGUCAGUACACAGGAGCCAAGCUCAACACUGUCGUCCGAAUGAUGCGUGGACUCCUGGAACAGAAGAUCCCCCUUCAGGAAUUUGAGAAUCUGCAGAACUUGCAGCCGUUGGAUGAUUGUUUGAUUGGGCAAACCAAGGAAAACAAGAAGAAGAACCGAUACAAGAACAUUGUCCCCUUUGACACCACCCGUGUAACUCUAGGAAAAGAUGGGGGCUACAUCAAUGCCAACUUCAUCAAUAUGCUCGUGAAAGAUGAAGGCUUCAUGUACAUUGCUUGCCAAGGACCCCUACCCACCACCCUUGCCGAUUUUUGGCAAAUGGUAUGGGAGCAGAAGUCCAAUGUGAUUGCCAUGAUGACUCAGGAAGUUGAAGGUGGAAAGGUUAAAUGUCAGCGUUACUGGCCCGACACACCCAAGACUCCUGAAAUGGUGGAUGAGAGGCUCCAGCUCACGCUUAUCAAGGAUCAGCAUCUGGACAACUUUGUCAUCCGCCUCAUUGAGGUCAAAGAUGUCCAGACCAGUGAGGUUCAGUAUGUCACUCACCUGAACUACACUGGCUGGCCAGACCAUGGGACUCCCACGCAACCAGAGCAGCUGCUGACAUUCAUCUCCUAUAUGAGGCACAUCCACCGCUCAGGGCCCAUAAUUACCCACUGCAGCGCAGGGAUUGGCCGUUCAGGAACUCUUAUUUGCAUAGAUGUGGUACUGGGCCUUAUCAGCAAAGAUGCCGACUUUGAUAUUUCAGAUGUUGUGCGUUCUAUGCGGCUGCAGAGACAUGGCAUGGUCCAAACCGAGGAACAGUACAUUUUCUGCUAUCAAGUGAUCUUGUACGUCCUGCGAUGUCUACAAGCAGACGAGAAAAUCUCAGGAUAGCAGACGUCUGCUCACACUUGCUCACUCACUCACUCACGAGUGCCAGUGAGACUCAUCCGUGGGAACAGUGACACUGAGGUGUACACGAGGGUUCAUUUUAGAGAAAUGGGCGCUUCUGUGGCUGAGGGUUUACAAAACAUUAGUGCAGAUUUUAUAGCUGGCUUUACGACUUUCUGCUCCAUGAAUUUGAAGUAAAUCCUAAAGGAUUCUGUAUAGUUUUUUUUUUUCUGACUUGUGUUCUUUUUCUUGGACUGCUGCUCUCUUACAAAUAAAAUAAAAAUUGAUUUUUAUAUGUGACAUAUCCAGCAGUAAAAUAAAUGCCUUUCUAAGUCCUUUGAAAUUAAACAAGUAUGACAGUUAGAAUUGAAUUCAUAUCUUAUUUUGAACAAAAAUCAUACAUGUAUGUAUUUUAAAGCUAUAAGAUGCGAAGGGUUGCCUUGACAGAAUACAGUGACAGUAUUUGCUAUGUAAAUCUAUUAUUAAGUGCUGACUGCCAGUUGAAAUUAAAGUGUAUAUAUUUAUCAAAUGAAACUGGAUAAGUUUUUAAAUGUUAUUUACAGGACUGUUUGCAAUUUGUAAAUAAAAGAGUAUCAUGUCUUUA